CAUCUUCUUGCUCAACUUUCUUCUUUGAUAAUUGUAAACCUCAAAAUAUAUAGCUAUAUAUAGUGAUCACCAUGGAUACCGAUCAACUACUGACCACUACUUCUACUAAAACAACAUGUGACAAGUCAUUUUGUGAGGACUAUAUGCUACUAAGUCCUAAAGAUGUGGGAUUUUUGGGUCUUACAAAGCUUUUGUUCUCCAAAAAUAUUGAAAAGCGAGCGUUCAUCGACUGUCCCGAUGGAACAGUCGAAGAAAGCUUUUCAAGACGGUUCGUCAUCUCCGUAUCCCUUGUUGCGCAAAUGGUUCUUCAUUUAGUGGACAAACCAUUGGGUUGGAUUGGCUCGGUCGUUGAGUUCAUGCCCAACUUUACGGAUGUUAAUGGAGGAUUUUUCAAGCUUCUUUUGAAUCUCGUUACAGGAAAACUGAAGUUACCUAAUAGCGAAUCAUCGGAAUUCUUGUCUGCGAUUGGGCUAUGGGACAUACGAAGGGAUUUAGACAGUAAAAUCAAGCAUGAUGAUCCCAGAUAUACAAGCGCACUCGCCAUUAUGGCUGCUAAAUCUGCCUAUGAAAAUGAAGCCUAUAUCAGAGAAACCGUCGAAAAACAUUGGAAGAUGGAGUUCUUGGAGUUCUUCAGUUGUUGGAACGAUUACGAAGAGGAUUUUACGACCCAAGGGUUCAUGUGGAGCGACAAGACAGGAGAUACCGAGCUUAUAGGUGUUUCUUUCAGAGGCACGUCACCUUUUAACGCAAAGGACUGGUCUUCGGAUGUUGAUCUUUCAUGGUAUCACCUACCUGGUAUAGGCCAGGUUCAUGCCGGUUUCUUGAAAGCCCUCGGGUUACAAAAGAGUCACGGUUGGCCUCACGACAUCCAAACAGACGAACAAAAAACAUAUGCGUAUUAUCUCAUCAGACAAAAGCUUAAAGACCGCCUCGAAGCAAACCCAAAUGCUAAGUUCUUGGUAACAGGACAUAGUUUAGGAGCGGCGUUAGCCAUUGUAUUUCCGGCGGUGUUGGCGUACCAUAAAGAGACCGAUUUGCUAUCAAAACUUGAAGGGGUUUAUACGUUUGGACAACCUAGAGUUGGUGAUCGUAAAUUCGGCGAAUACAUGACACAAGUUUUGGUAACUCAUCGGUUGAGAUACCAUAGGUUUGUUUAUUGCAAUGAUUUGGUGCCAAGAGUUCCCUUUGAUAAUUCUGAUAUUUUCUUCAAACAUUUUGGCAAUUGUCAUUAUUUCAAUAGCUUCUACAAGGGCCAGGUGCUUCCUGAAGAACCAAACAAGAACUACUUUUCGAUAUUUGCUUUAAUACCGAUGUUUGGAAAUGCGGUUUGGGAGUUAAUAAGGAGCUUCAUUAUGUACUAUCAAAAUGGAGCUGAUUACCGUGAGACGUUUACUUGUCGGGGUUGGAGAGUGAUCGGGCUUCUGAUCGCUGGAGUGCCGGCUCAUGGUCCGCAAGACUACGUUAAUCUUACUAGGCUUGGCACUCCUGAACUUUUUAAGAGUUGGUCAUUGGAUCAAUCAACUAAUAAUGGUGUGGUUGCACCAACUGUGGAUAACAUGAAAUCUGAUUAAUUAAAAUGUGCCUAAUGGCAAACAAAUGUGUGUGUUAAAACUUUGCAAGUUAUUUCCACAAAAUGGGGACUACGACAGUAUCGAUUAUGAAUUUUAAUUUCCAGAUAAUUAGAAUUAUUGGAUUCUCGGUAUUAAUGUAAAGAUUUAUUCUUUAAUAAAAGAAAUAAAAGGAAAGUUAAAAGACUUAAA